AAAAAAAUUUAUGUUCUGCAAAACAAAAAUAGUUCUUUUUCAUGUUCUUCGAGAAAAAAGUUUUGAACUUUUUGCUCCGAAUGAGUAAAAAUGGAGAGACUGAAAGAUUGUGUAGAGGAGAUGGUGAAAUUCACACUCGAUUACCGUGUAGAAUUCGAUUUAGGGCUUACCGGUGAUUUCUGCUCCGGCCUUCUUUCCGGCGAAUCAAUCAUUCCCGACGGUGAAGGAAUCGAAUCGUCUUCCCAAGCUUUGCUACAUAGAUUUGGAGAUACUGUAGAAGCAUUUGGAGGUGUUCCUGAGUAUCCUCUGUACAAGCGUCUUGCUUUAGGUCUGCUGAAAUCAAUUGGUUCUGGUUCUUUCUGUGGAGCUUUUGAGAAGAUCUCGUUGGGGAAGGAGGUGAUCUGGUUGAAGGAGAGAGAGGAUGAGUGGGGCAAGCUUAUAAUCCAAAAGGGUUUCGAGUUAGUCAAUGCCUUGAAGGAUGUAGCUUGCGAGCUUCACAUUCAAGAGCCCUUAGUCUCCCUCAUGAAAGAUGGCAUCAAAACAGUUGAAGCAAGGUGUUUUGAAGCUGAGUAUGAUAGACUCAGACGAAGAGGUUCAAUGAUUAUGAUAAAUAAAUGUCUCAUGUUUGAAGUUCUGGAAGUUCACCAGUAUCAGUCCUUUUACGAGUUGUUGAAAGCCGAGAGUUCAGAGAAAGUGUUUCCUGCCACUAACACAGUGGAAGAAGGUAUGCAAAUGUUUAGGAAGUUGUAUGAUAUGGAUCAAGAGAAUUUGAAUGGCGUUGUGGCAAUUCAUCUUACUAAAUCAGUUGUUCAGCCUUGUGUUGCUUUGGCUCACAUACUGUCGGGAUUGAGUUACACUGGCGUGCAAAGCCUUCUCGGUUUUUCUCACACAACUGGAUCCAUUUUUCAUGCUCUGCCUCCUCAAAGAUCGGUUCUACUCUCUUCAUUCAUGCUUCCAUAUAAGCCAAAGAUAAAAGGUUGUAGAUUGAGCCACGGAGCUAGAGCAUUAGCCAAGCAUGUUGAUCGAAGUAGUGAUGGAUUUUGGGGUAUUCUUCAGGGAACUGAGUCAGAUAAAAAUAGGCAUGCAAUGGACAUUAUCAGUCGCUUCAUUGGCCAUUGUUGUUGGAUGAACAUACAUAUAGUUCCACCACACGGAGAAGUGUUCGAGAUAAGAGUAGCUCAAGGUUAUGGAGCACGUUGGUCUCGAGAUGGAACCAAAUUCAUUGGAUUUCUUGAACCUUACAUGGAGGAUGGUCACUCCAUGGCCUGGAAGCAUUAAAGAGUCCCACACCUGAAAACACCAUAGAGGAGUUUUCUCUUGUAGCUGAAUCGUUGUUUUCUCUUUGUAAAAGUGUAAAUUUACAAUGUUUCUUUUCUUGUGACUACAAAAUCAAUUUCUGUUUCUCUGAGUAAAUGAUCUUGUGGUUGAUCUUGUUAUAAUUUGGCCAUUUGGGUAAGAAAAGAGUGAAACACAAAAAAUAGAGGGACUAAAAUGUAAGAAGCGCCGAAAAUUUGGGCAAAACUAAUUUAAGAUGUAAGACUGGGCCUAAAAACCCAUUAUGAAAGUUGUUUCGGUACA